GUGGUGUGUGUCGUUUUCUUUGAAAAUGUGUACUUCCGAUAAUGUCUGCCAUGUGACCAGAGUGAUGGUAUACGAAUGUUUUGCGUGAUAUAUGAUGUCAUUUUAAAAUAUUUUUAAAGCCAAAUGGCGAGAAAAAAGCAUGGAAUAUGUAUGGUAUCGGACUUCUUCUAUCCCAAUACUGGUGGAGUGGAGAGUCAUAUAUAUUUACUUUCACAAUGUCUCAUUGCUAGAGGACAUAAAGUAAUAGUCAUAACACAUAUCUAUGAUAAAAGAGCUGGAAUAAGAUACAUGACAUCUGGAUUAAAAGUAUAUUAUAUACCAGUAUUAGUGAUCUAUAAUCAGUGCACUUUGCCUACUUUAUUUACUACAUUUCCAAUCAUACGUCAUAUUCUUGUUCGAGAACAAAUUACUAUAGUGCAUGGACAUUCGGCAUUUUCAGCAUUAGCUCAAGAAGCUAUGUUUCAUGCCAAAACAAUGGGGAUAAAGACUGUUUUUACUGAUCAUUCUUUGUUUGGUUUUGCUGAUGCAAGUGCAAUUAUUACAAACAAAUUACUUCAGAUGGCGUUAACAGUUUGCAAUCAAGUCAUCUGUGUAUCUCACAUUGGUAAGGAAAAUACAGUCCUUCGAGCUGGAGUAAAACCAAGUUCGGUAUCUGUCAUACCUAAUGCUGUUGAUACAACAAUAUUCACACCAGAUCCUUCAAAAAGAAAUCCUAAUAAAAUUACUAUCAGCUACAUAUCAAGAUUUCUCCACCCCCAAACAUCUGAAGUAAUUCCAAAUAUCUUGUUCAAAAGGAAAAUUUUACAUGUAUUGAUCUCUACAGGUGGUGAUGGACCAAAACGUAUUGUGUUAGAAGAAGUGCGUGAACAGCAUCAAUUACAAGACAGAGUUACUUUACUUGGUGCUGUAGAACAUGAAAAUGUGAGAAAUAUUCUGGUGCAAGGUGAUAUUUUUUUGAAUGCAUCUUUAACUGAAGCAUUCUGUAUGGCUAUUGUGGAGGCAGCAUCUUGUGGAUUGCAGGUUGUAAGUACAAGAGUUGGUGGUGUUCCUGAAGUGCUUCCUCCCGAUCUGAUAUGGUUAACAGAACCAAGUGUUAAAGGUCUGGUGGAUGGCCUGGAAAGAGCUCUUGGAGAUCGCAAGAGAGGAAGAGUGGUUCCACCCUUUGAGGCAUAUUCAAGAAUAUGUUCUAUGUAUCAGUGGAACAAUGUAGCACAACGGACAGAGGCCAUCUACAAUAAGGUGGAGAGAGAUCCAGUCGACGAUUUGUCCACUCGACUAAAAAAAUUUAAACAAUGUGGUCCAAUCGCCAGUUUAUUUUUCAUGUUGUUAACUAUCAUCGAGCAUUUGCUUCUUUUAUUGUUUAAUUGGUGGAUUCCAGUUGAGACUAUCGAUUUUGCCGUGGACUUAAAGACGUAAGAAUCUACGAAAGAUGAAGACAAAUAGAUUCAAAAUUUUAACAUGUAAUUUAAAAUAACAAAUAUGACUGUUUUGAUAUGGUAUAUUUUUACCACAGUUUAUAACAGGUAGAAUUGGUAGUGAAAGUUGUAAACUGAGAUACUGGGAUGUAAAGUAAUUAAUUAAUUUAAUUGAUUUUUUAGAGUUUGUUCUAAGAAGUAUCAUUUUGAUUGUGGUGGAAUAACUAGACUCAGUUUUAUUAAAUUGAAUAAAGGUAAAAUAAACCAAAGAAAAUGGUCCUCAAUGAAAGUCAAAUUUUAAUUCUAAAAUUAAGUUAGAUGAUGAGAAAAAAAGAUAGUCUAAACUCUUUUUACCACUAAAACUUAUAUUGAGUUUUAGUGGUAAAAAGAACACAUCAGUAGAGGACCUUUAGAUAUAAAUGAAAAAUAAUUUACUGUAGAUUCUAUUCAACAAAUCUCUCCAAAAACACUUCUGAAGAGGUGCUUGAUUAGAAAAUUUGUGUAAGAUUAUAUAAAAUUCAUAAAGUUUGAACUUCAAACAACUAAAGUGAUGAUGCAAGGACUUAAAAGAAUUAAGAAAGAAAAUACAGUGGAACCUUUAUAUUUGUAAUAUUCGAUGUUUGUCACAUUUUGAUGACUUUUUGUCACCGUAUUCGUCGUCAUUCUCAACACCAGAAGUGGUACUACAAUCGCACGCCCGUGCCGAUCAGCUAGCCAUGUUAGUUAGCUAGCUGUAGUUAAUCAGUCUGCUUUGUGUGGUUGUCAUGUGUGUUGUUGAGUUAUUGAAAAAUAAUCAAUGCGAGAAACCAAGUUCCAAUUGCUCCAAAGUGGCACCCAAAUGUUGCUAUAGUCAACCAAAUUACAAAUACAUUCAAUGAUAAUGUAAUUGCCUACUUCAGAAAAGUUUUAAAAAACAGACAAAACACACAACAUUGGACAAGUUUGUUAUUAAAUCGAGUGCUACCGAAUCAUUGGCAAAACAGACCCCCAUGAUCAUAAUUGGAAUUGCCUAAUGUUUUAAUUGAUAUGUCUUCUUCUAAACAAUAAUACUAUUCUUCCCCUUCUACCACUACACUGUAUUUAUUUAGUACAAUAAAGUUUUACAAACAA